CAUAUUUUAAAUAUUUGUCAAAGGAUAGAUGUUCUUUAAAGCAUAGUUAUCCACAAUUCAUGUAAGAAUUAUACCUUGCACGAAAUCUACAUUAUCUUAAAAAAAUUAAAACAAAAAGGUUUAAUUUCUUGCUUGGCCUUUGGUUUUUGUAUCCCAUUUCAUUACACACUAUAUAUAAUCACUAAUCUCUUGUCCAAAAGUAGUUAUAUUACCUCCCAUUUAAAAAAAUUCAAUUUUCAAGAAUGGGAAAUCAAAUAAGUCUUUCUGCAUCAAAAAUAUCAAAUAAUCUUUUCAAGAAGAAAUCAAAGAAGCCUCUUCCCAUUGAAACCCUCUUCACUCUUCCUUCUCCACUUCCCUCCUGGCCUGCAGGUGAAGGUUUUGCAAGUGGGAUUAUUGAUCUAGGAGGGCUCGAAAUCCGCCAGGUGUCGGAAUUCGACAAGAUUUGGGCUGCACUAGAAGGCGGGCCCGCAAAUCUUGGUGCAACGUUUUUCGAGCCCUCUUCGAUACCGGAAGGAUUCUCCAUGCUCGGUUGCUACAGCCAACCGAACAACAAGCCGUUGUCCGGUUAUGUUCUUGUCGGAAAAGAUGUCACAACAAAUAAUAAUAAUAAUAAUAAUAAUGCCGCCCUAAAGCCGCCAACUGAUUACACACUUGUUUGGAGCAGCGAGUCGUUAAAAAUCAAGCAAGACGGGGCAGCCUAUAUCUGGCUCCCGACGCCGCCCGAUGGCUAUAAUCCCGUCGGAUAUCUUGUCACGGGCUCGCCGGAGAAGCCGCCGGUGGAAAAAAUCCGGUGCGUGCGGUCGGAUUUCACGGAAUAUACCGGCGAGAACGAGGCUGUAAUUUGGGGUGAUGUGAAUGCAAAUGGGAUAAGUGUGUAUAGAUCAAGAUCAAGAAACAGGGGAAUACAGGGGACGGCGGUUCCAACCGGCACUUUUUCGGCAGAAAUUAGCAAUAGGGCUAAUCUUGAUUUGCCCCUAUUGAAGAAUAAUGGCAAUGCUAAUCAAGAUUUAAUGCCUAAUGAAGAUCAAAUUAAUGCCUUAAUACAAACCUACUCUCCAUAUAUAUAUUUCCACCCUAAUGAACAAUACUUCCCUUCUUCGGUCGAGUGGUUCUUCGAAAACGGAGCACUAUUGUAUAAGAAGGGCGAAGAGUCGAAGCCCGUGAAUAUAAGCCCGACGGGCUUGAAUCUUCCGGAAGGUGGUGGAAACGAUGAUGAGUAUUGGAUCGACCUUCCGAUAGACAAUGCAUCCAAGGAGAGAGUCAAGAAAGGCGACUUAGCUUCUGCAUGUGCUUACUUGCACGUGAAGCCAAUGUUUGGUGGGACUUUUACCGACAUAGCAAUAUGGCUAUUUUACCCUUUCAACGGGCCCGCUAGGGCGAAAAUCGAGUUCUUGAACGUUUCUUUGGGGAGAAUCGGAGAGCACGUCGGAGAUUGGGAACAUGUUACUUUGAGGGUUAGCAAUUUAAGUGGAGAGCUAAAGAGUGUGUAUUUUGGUCAACAUAGUAAUGGGGUUUGGGUGGAGGCAUCGGAUUUGGAGUUUGAAAACGGGAGUAAUAGACCGAGGGCAUUUUCGUCUUUACACGGGCACGCGUCUUAUCCGAAGGAAGGGUUGGUUUUGCAAGGGAAUGGGAAUGUUGGGAUUCGAAACGACAGUGCAAAGAGCAAGUUUUCGAUGGAUGUCGGAGCGAGGUGUGUAGUGGUGGACGGAGUCGAGCCGCCGUGGUUGAAUUAUGCGCGAAAAUGGGGCCCGAAAAUAAGCUAUAAUAGGGAGGAUGAAAUUAGGAAGGUGGAGAAAGUUUUGCCGGGAAAAUUGAAAAGUGUGUUUGAUAAAAUUGUGAGGAGUCUCCCUAAUGAGGUGUUUGGUGAAGAAGGGCCUAUUGGACCUAAGUGGAAAAAUAGUUGGAUUGGUGAUGAAUAAUCUUGAUUUCUUUGUGUGAAUUUUAAUUUUAUUAAUAUUGUUUGCUAUGUCUUUUAAAUUUAAAAUUUAGGGUUUUUUUAUUUAUUUAUUUUUUGUAUUUUCUUUUAAGAUUGAAGUUUCUUAUGUAUGGUUUGUAUGGAA